AUGUACAUCGAUGAGAAUGACCACAGUGUCACUGACAUAGCCCUCCUCCCUGAUAACCAAUUUGAAAGUGUGGCAACACUAAGAAGAUGUAUUCUUCAAACUUUGAGUGAGGAUGAGGAGCUGGAUUUGCUGACCCAGCAAGCACUGGAAGUGGUGUGUGCUGCCAUCCUGAUAUUGCUGGAGCGUCAGGCAGAGGAGCAGCUACCUGGUGGCAAAUACUGGCAGCCAAGUGAAGCUGAGCAGCAGAAGUCGCAGCAUGUGCCAACCACAAAUGUUGUGUCUGAAAGGGACUUUGCUGUGCUCAAUAACUUAGUAAGAUCCAAGCCCAAUGCAAGCUCCUUGUCGUGUGAGGCAUACAUCAUGUGGCUGAACAAUCAGACCAGCAUGUGGCUCGACAACCUGGAUGCUGAAGAAAAAGAACGCCACAUGGCAUACGCCAGAACGCAUGCAGCGAGUAUUCAUGCAAAGUUCCUGGAAAAAAAGCAAAAAAUCAAGGAGCAACGUCUUGAGGCGUUGCUAAAGAAGCAGAAAGAAAAAGAAGACAAGAAACAAAAGGCUCGACAGAGGAAGGUGGCACUGACAGAGAAGGUUCUCAAAAUGGGCGGAGUGUGGAAAACUGCCGAAGAGGUGGACGAGAGGGUGGGUUCUCUGAACAGAGAACAAGAAAAGCUGGAGGCAGUGAAGAACCAGCUCCAGUUCCACAAAAAAGUGCUCAACUCUGAGGGCAACAAGGAACUGUUCCAGAUGACAAUCACCAGGCCGGGAAGAGGAAGGCAUGUCUUCUCCUGUAGUGAAAAAAUCUCCCAUCUAAAAGAAGUCAUCUCUAAAAACGUCACACACAGUACAGACAUCAACAGCGAGUCUGAAGAAGAGGAUGAAGAGAGGGAGUACGUGACGCUGAAAGAGCCUGAAGCCCGUACAGUACAGGGCAUACAUGAAACACAGAACAAAAAACUUCAAGCCGAAACAGAAAAAAGAGAAGUGAAUAGGCAGAAGUUGUCUUUACCGGACUACCUCAAAGACCCGUCCAAACUGGUCGGCUGCAAGAUCAGGCAGAAGUUCAAUACUAAAGAUCAAGACGGUAACAAGGUCCAGACUUGGUACACAGGGACAGUUACCGAGAUGAUGGACGGGGCACAAGACCCAAAGGACACUGAGUACCUCAUAGUAUACGACGACGAAAAUGAGAAGGAUGAGGUGUACAACCUCCUGUCUGACUUAGAAAAGGGAGAGCUUAUUGUACUUAACAGUGACUAAAUGAGGAUGUAUUAGUAUAUAUGUACAGUAACUGAUACAAUUUGUGAUAUGGUUGACCUGUUGAGACCUUUAUUGUCUCGCCUUUUUUCUUUAUUGUUGGCUAUACUAUACUACAGUACUCCCUUGAAGCACCUUGGGCCUUCCAACUUAGUAGACAUAGGUGCAAUUUCCCUUGUGUGUUGAGCAUUCAAAAGACUUUCUGUUCGUGACAUGGCUGUAAGUUUUUACGAGUACAGUUUAAGUUCAUGUAGUUUCAUAGAACUGGUCUGGUAUGUUAGUGGACGAAGAAGUAUCUGUGUCACAUGCUUGAGAAAUCUGAAAGAAAGGAAAAGAAAGAUUAGUAUGUUUUAAAAGGAAAAGUUCAAGUGCAUAGAUUUGUAAGUUUGUACAUUAGUUAACCUGUUACGAGGAAAUAUCAUUCUGUAUGAUCAAUAUGUUGUCGUGGACCAAACUUGUGAUACACUGUUUCGCAGCCGACUAGUCUAAUGAUGAUGAUGUUGUAAUAUAUCUAUGUACAUGGAAA